AUGUCCAUUGCAGUUCUGAGUAUGAAUCUUAACUUCCCAACAUCAGGAUCAUAUAAACGAGAGAAUGAGUCCAAUAACUACUUGAACCAGGCUCCGCCGAGCCUGGCUCUUGUGACAGUUCCUCCCCCUCCUCCAGUAUCGUCUUCCUCAUAUACGGCGGGUCAACAACAUCUACUUCAUGGCCCUCCGCCGCCACCUCCACCUCCUUCUCAACCGGCUCCACUCUCGUCACCUUCAUCUGUUCUGUCUGGCCAACAGUACCUGCAUCCAUAUCGAGACCAUCAACCCCAUCAACACACUGGAUUACAUUCUGGGGUCCCUCUUGGGUACCAGUCUUAUGGGUUAGACCCAACUCCUUCGCAAGUGGCUAAUAAUAUUCCUGGACAAGUUGAUAAAGGCUUGGGUGUUGGGUAUCCCGGAGAGCCCAGAACCCAAAGACUUGCUUCAAAUCCUCAUCAUAUACAAGCGUUUAAUCAAGGUAUUCCUCAAGGAUUUCAACAACAACAUCAUCAACAACAACAUCAUCAUCCUCAACAACAACAACAACAACAACAACAACAACAACAACAACAACAACAACAACAACAACAACAACAACAACAACAACAACAACAACAACAACAACAACAACAACAACAACAACAACAACAACAACAACAACAACAACAACAACAACAACAACAACAACAACAACAACAACAACAACAACAACAACAACAACAACAACAACAACAACAACAACAACAACAACAACAACAACAACAACAACAACAACAACAACAACAACAGCAACAACAACAACAACUCACACAUCACACUCCGAGCCUUGGACCUCCCGGUAUUCCCAAUCCUACUCUUGGACCACCUGGUGCUCCAGGAUCCAAUCUUGGUCUCAUAAAUAACCAGCCCUACCAGUACUACAUCCACCCAGCGCCUCAUUAUUACUACACUCUGCCAUCCCUGUCACCGUCUGGACAAUACGAUGGGAUGGUCUAUCUGAACAGUCUAUACUACACCCAACCCAAACAAACUUUCAGACCACGUAAAAAGUCCAAACAUUCAACCAUUUGGACUUCAAAAGAGGAUAGACUUUUACGAGAAUUGAAAGAAGUUCAAAAAUUGGGUUGGCGAGAAAUGUCUUCGUAUUUUGAAGAUAGAACCCCCAACGCGUGUCAGUUCCGUUGGAGGAGACUAGUCAGUGGUGCAACCACCAGUACAAUACGAGAAGACGAAGUUGAUACUACAAUGGACACUACCACUACUACACAAGAAAUCAAAUUAGAAAAUCCAGAUAACAAAGAGAUUAUUCUAAAACACAAAUCUAAUGAGCUGAAUAUUGACUCAAAAUCUCUUGAACUUAGUUCCAGUGCAGAAAAUACCACGCCAUCUUCCCCGAAACUGAAACCACAUUCCAUUAACUUUCUCCUUAAUUGA